CUCUCCACUCUCAGUCCCGAGAGCGGAGUCAGAGAGGCGGGAGAGCGCACUCGAAGUUCGCUCGCUCGCUCGCUGGUCGUUCCGCGCCUCGUAACGUCGCGCGCGUAUACCGUCGCGUUCGUUCUCUUAUUACGCACGUAUCCCGUCGUACGUGACGUUGUCGUCGGUGGCCCUCGUCGUACUCCACGUCGUCCGUUGCGACGCGGCUAGAACGGGACGCCGAAGGUGUUGUGGAAUCUGCACGAAUUCGCGUUCUCCGGAUACUCGCCCGUUGCCGAGCACCAGUGCGUCGAAUGAUGAUGCUCGUCCUUGCCGCUGUGCCGUGAGAGCAGUGUCGACAGCCAGGAAGCAGGAUCCGGCCGAUCAUCGAAGGAAACGUCGCGCACGCUGUGUUCUCGAUUCCUGGGUGCUCCUUCGUAGUGUCGAUCGUCGAUCUCCCGCGGUAUAGCCUGUGAAGUGUCGAUUCGCGACGAGGUUGGUGCUCGAAGAGAUGCGCGACGCGGACGCGGGAUCGGCGUCUGGCUUUGUUCUCGCGACGGAGCUGCAGCUUCCUCGCGCGGCGGUGCAUCGUCGAUGCUGAAUCGCGCGCUACGCGGCACGUACGCGACAGUGGUGGUGGUGGUUGUGGUGGUGGCGUCGGCGGCGGUGGUGGUCCCGGUCCUCGAGUGGACUCUUUCGCGCGGAUGACAGCUGGACGUUUUCGCCGCGAGGGUGACAGUGAGAUCCUCGAGCUCAGUUGAGCUGGGAAGAGACGAGUCUCUCGCGUCGCCGAGAGUUCGAGACACGCCGUCGGUGAUAUCCGACGAGGACUACUGUGCGAAUCGGGUGGUGAUCGGUAGUGAUGCCGUGAUGGGCUGCGGCUCGAGAUCGUUCUUCCUGACCACGCUCCUCCUCGUGGCUGGAUUACUGUCGAUAGCGCUGUUCGCCGAGAAAUCCUGCGCGACACGUUUAAGACAACGCCCUACGGAUUCUCCGAGAGGAGGCUCCGUGAACGAGGCUGGUGUUUUUGCGCUGCGAGGCAGGCAGGAGGGCAGCCGGCGUGCCAGGCGAACUACCACCAGCACGACGAGCACCACUACGUCCAGCUCGACGUUGAUACCUUUACCUGACGAAGUGGUGCAACCCGCGGCCCUUUUGGCCCCCGAAGAGGAGUCAUGGUCCACCAGUUCUUCCACCACGACCAACAUCGCUCUAUCCUCAGACAUGGCCGACACGUCGUCCAAUCCGCCGCUCGAGCUCGUAGUGAAGCCUCACAAUAAAGUCAUCUUACCUUGCGAACUGGAGGGAAAUUACUCGAAAUUACUACUGCCAGCAGCUAGAAGUUACAGAAUACGACCGCCAACGUGGCUGCACGAGGGUAGUCCGGUGGAUAUGAUCACGAUAGACACGAGAACGGAAAUGAGCGGAACCGGGCACCGGUACAUCGGCGACUCGACAACCGCGGCAUUGCACAUAGACAACGUCAGAUUAGAGGACGACGGUGUGUGGGCCUGCACCCUGGAGAAUGACCGGGGGAAGAUCCUCUUUGGCAAACCGGUGAAGCUGAUCGUGCUCGAGGCACCUCGUGGGACGUAUCUGCUGAUAGAUGGCCGCCGGCUAGAUCCCGGAAACCAGUUUGUGCCGGUGAAGGAGGGCUCGGAGCUCACUCUCGAGUGCGCGGCCGAGGGUGGAAACCCACCGCCGGUCUUGGCGUGGGGCAUGACCCUGUCUCAAGCCACUUUAGACGGCCCGGAACAACCGCCAGACAACCUCACCGUGUUGCCCUCGACAUCCGGCAGGCGCAGCGGGGCUCACCUAAAGGUCUUGAGGGGACAUCACAACGCCACCAUCGUUUGUGUCGCACGCCACAUUACGCUGAUGAUACCGAUGAACGCCAGUAUCCUGCUCGACGUCCAAUAUACUCCAUCGUUCGCGAUAACGCGUUUACCUGGUUUUGGAAUUCCGAUCGUCGAGGGGAUGUCUGUCAGCCUGAAAUGCGAGGUAGACAGCAAUCCAGCCAGUACUCCAAUUUGGCAGCGCGACAAUGGACCGCCCCCCGUGGAGCAGAGCGAUGACGGAUGGUUGAACUUCACAAAAAUCACUCGGGCCGAGAGUGGCUGGUACAAGUGUUACACGCGGCAUAUGCUCGGCAUUUUCACCAGCAUCGGAUAUUUUCUCAACGUUCGCUAUGAUCCAGAUAUGGAGACCGAAGCGGAAGCGCUGAACGGCGAGGCGACCGAUUCCCGAAGGAUGGAAGUGCAGAUCGGCGGUGCCGUGACCCUCGAGUGCGACGGCGGUUGUUGGGGCCACGGGCCCGGAAUGGAUCCGGUGGGAGGGCCCGGGCCCCUUGCUCUUAGCCGGGUGGUGUACCAGGAAGCUGGGGAGUAUCGAUGCGUCGCGCCCGAUCGGAAAAUGCAAGACACGUGGCGAGCUCAGUUACCUUACCACAUCAAGGUUACCGGGCCACCCAUGGUUCAUCCGCCGAGUCAAACGGUGACGGCGAACGAGGGCGAGUCCCUGGACAUCAUCGUCGAGUUCUGCGCCCGGCCGAGCUACACGAAGGUACUCUGGGUAUCGGAGAAGUAUGUGUAUGCGCCGGAUGCACCCUCCCGUGACGGGGUUCGAGCCCUCGCAAUCGAGGACGGCGGGACGGAAUCAUGUUACAGGACGAUCCUGCGUUUCGAGACGAUUCAGGCGUCCCACUCGGGAGAAUGGCUGCUGCUGGUCCGUUCAUCGGAAGGGAUCGCCGACGCUUCCGUUCUACUCAACGUGACGCGUGCUUCCGGCUACAGCCAUGCCCACAUCCGAUCGGCGAGUAUCACGUACCUUCUGCUCUGCCUGACCCUGCAGGCGAUCUUGCGGGAACACCGUCGCUGAGGCGACUGUCCGUUGGAGAUUUAGGGGGAAGAAACUUUGGCAAAAUUCCUAGCGAUACGCGGAAAGCCGGUGCGCCAGCUUUCCCGAUGACGAGAGGAAGAGGGGAAAGCUUCUCUGUGUACAUAAUGUCGAAAUUCUUUCGCCGAAAGAAUUUCACCCCGCGCGCGAUUCUCGCGUCAACGAGAGACGCACAAUUUGCCGCGACACGGCACUCGCGUGUCACCGUCACAUCGCACGGAACACAAAUGAAACGCGAAUGGAAGCUCCGCCGACGCCGCCCUUCGAGACGCGGAUUAUUACGGCCUUGGUGUUCCUCGGUGGAUCUCGUAGCGAGUCCCUUUUGUUCUAAACUCCGGAACGCGAUUCUGGAAGACGCGUUUACGAAUGUAUGAUAGCGCGAGAGCGCACGAGACCGUUGCUGCCGCCGCCGCCGCCGCCGCGCCGUCGUGUGAAAUCUUACUUAGGCAAGCUUGCGUUCGUAUGCGAACGAGUCCCCGUGCGAUCGAGACACGAUUAAAAUUCGAUUUCUCUGGCCUUAUAUGUGAGAAUAGCGGGAAAGGAGAGAGAGAGAGAGAGAGAGAGAGAGAGAGAGAGAUAGAUGAGGAAGAGGAGAAGGGAAGGAGGAGAUCGCGCGGGCGACGGGAGGAGAUACGUAUUUAUAUAGAGUGAAAAUUUGUAAACUACGAAUCCGCGCGCGCGUGCGACAGUCGUGCGAUACGCUAUACGACACGUGUAUAUACUUGUAUAGGUAAUGAAUAAAUAAUAAAGCCGGUGUUUGCGACAAUUGUGAAACGGCGUUCCCGCGUGUAGGGAUCAGAACGAAACGGAGACCAAUUUUUUUUCCCGUUCUUUUUUUCCCCCUCCACCCCCCUUUCUUUCUCGCCGCUCGCGAAUUUCGGCCAUUAAAUUGUGGCCGGACGAACUCGGAUGGAUCGACUUUGUGUGCCGAACUGUAAUCCAUUAAUUUAUUGCGAAGCGAACCCGCGACGCGCGACGAGCGACACUGCCCGUAAUAAUAACGAAAUAAUAAGGUUCGCGCCGCGACAGGAUGGCGCGCGACGCAAUAGAAUAGAGAGGUAAUUGCAGAUUUUAACGAGGGACGUACGCGACCUCCUGCAGGACAAAAGCGUACCGGACGCGCCACCGGACGAGGAAAAAAAAACUUAAUUGUGCAACGUCAAAUAUUCCCAAAGAUAGGGCGACUAAAAGUAUAUAAAUUGUUGUAUAUUAUUUAGAAUAAGUAGAGUUUGAUAGUAUGUAUAUAGUGACUGUAAAUGCGUAGGCUAUCGUACGCCCGUACACGACGAAUUAUACAGUGACGCUGUUAGAGAUAUAUUUAUUAUUCGUUGAUAUAUUUUUAUAAAGUUUUAUUUAGCCAUAAGUUCUCGUUCGCGUUUCCCCUCCCUCCACCCCCGUCUACUACCGAAUCUCGUUCGCACGAUCACAAAACGCUCGUUUCGUUUGAGUGAGGCAGAGGAGCAAAGCGGCGGCGUGGCGCUUUGUAUUGACGAAGUUUUCAACGAGAACCGUUACAAUAAAAUACACUAUGUCCUAUGAACGUCCUAAAUUGAAUUUAGCUGUAGCUCAUCGUGAGAAACGGACAUUGUUGUCUUUUGCGAUACUUUGAUCUGUCCGAUUGGAAACGGGACGCGGAAUGCGGCGUAGCGAAUGCCCCGUUCCAAUCGCGAUUUCGCUUCUUUCGAGCAUCCUUAAGGUAACUUUUUCGUAAAUUCGGUGGUUCCUAAGUUUUGUAAAAAGGAAAAAAAAAGGGAUAGAAUUUGUACUCGGCUUACCGACGACUAAUGCUAAUUCUCGUCGCCGGUACGUCUUACCCGCGCGCGUGACCGGAGUCGGUACUAUCUAUAGAUACGAAAUAAACAUACCUGAUGUCUUCACGUUAAUUUAGACUUCGACGAACCCGAGUUUUCUUUUCAGAUCGCUAAGGUGUUACAAGUAAGCAACGUGGUGUAAUCGUUGUACCCAAUGAUGCCUAAGAGUCCAAUAAAUGAUAUUUACAAUAA